GCAAUGAUUCAGCAACGUAUCACUGUAAACAGCUGUGCGUGGAGUUUAUAAAAGGUAGCGACAGCUCUCUGGGUGUUAAUUGUUUUGGAAACGGAGACGUUGCUCAUCCGAAGCGGAAAGCGCUGCGCGUCGGAUAUUCGCUUUCUUUUUUGAAUUAUUUUAUUUGAUUAGACAGUUUACGCUCUGUGGAUAAUAGCCACUCUAAGCUUCUGCUUUUUUUCCUACGUUGUCUAAGAAUUACCACUUCCCACUUGUUACACCGCGGACGCUUUGAAGUUUUGAAGUGCAUAAAGGUGCUCUCAUUGUGCAGCUGGCCUGCCCUGACUUUCCAUCAGGGUGAGCUGUUUUUGCCAAAGGACAUAAACUCACACGGAAGCUGCACAGCCAGCUGCUCCGGCCCCCUUCACACUCACCCCCUGCGAUAUGAGCAGAGGUAGAGGAGGGCCUCCGAAAGAACAGUACCACAGAUAUCCAGCACCCCACCUGCAGGUUGAGGAGAAUACCAGGCCUGGCCUGGCCUCACUCUACCCUAGAGCUGUCCCACAGCAGACCCCAUCUUCAAAUUACUACAAUAGUCCUGUAGUGUCCACACAGCAGCGAGUUACCUCUGUCAUUCCCUCCGCCCCACCCAUUCCAAGCCACAUUAAAGCAGACCAUCAAUCACUUGACGGGUCACAUAAUCAAAAUCACAGUCCUGGUCUCAUUCCCAAUUCUUUUCAGUCCAAACAGGUGGAGUUUCUGCGAGGACACAUCUCUGAGGCUCCUCAAUUCAGAGCUAGUCCACGAGGAGGAGGAGGCAGGCCACCCACUUCCUCAUAUCAGUCCCAGUCUGGACACAUUAGCUAUCCAAACCCAACCAACAGCCCAUGGAAUAGAGGAAGAUAUAGCCAAGACCAGACUUUUGUUUAUCCACCCAUUGUAGGACCCACCCGAGGCCCCCAAGGCUCUCGUCACCCGAAUCUAAACCAGUUACAUGAUCAAAGCUACAACCAGUACUCUGGCAGACAGUGGCGCAACCAGACUGACUCUUUGUCUGACAGAUUUCAGAGUUUGUCUCUUCAUCGGGACAGACCGAACAAAGGAGAGAGCUUUGGCAGACAGCCCAGUAGCUCAACAUCUUCAAGCUUCAGUAAGAUUAACAUCACUCUCACUCCUGCACACCAGGACCAGGUACACAGGGCUUUGGCUGCUUUGAGGCCAAAUGAGAGCAUAUCUGCAAAAUUGUUGGCCAAAAAGCUGCAUCUGCCCAAAAAAAUUGUAAACAAGGCCCUCUACUCUUUAGAAAGCUCACAGAAAGCCUCUAAGCAAGGACUUCUCCCUCCUGAGUGGACUCUUUACAGAGAACCUCUCACAUGCCAGGGCAAUCAAAACUCUUUAGUUCAAAGUCCACUUUGCGACCAGUCUGUCAGUUUAGAACAACCUCUAAUACCUAAAUUCAAGGCUGAGCUAAAAACAGAAGCAGCAGAAAACAGGGAACAGGCUAAAGAGGAGGACUCUGACACAGAAUCCAGUUUUUCCUGCAGCUCUUCUUUAGAGUCAUCAGAAUCUGACGGAUUCCAGUCUCUUUCAAAGGGUCAGCACAGAGAGAAAAAACAUCCCAGCUCUACCAACUCCCCAGAUCAAGAAAGUCAGAUUCCCAUAAUGACAGACCAGAAGGAACAAGUUCUUCAGUACCUUCUGAAUUCAAAGGAGGCAACCGCUCUCGUCAUAGCCAAAAAUCUUGGUCUUAGGAAUUCCAAGCAGGUCAAUCCAACCCUUUAUUCUCUAGAGAAGCAAGGGGAUGUUUCUAAGAAUUCUGAUGUCAACCCUCCCACCUGGGAGCUCUCCACCCAUCGCAGAGAGAGGAUGGAGAGGAACCUCAAAGUCACGCAAAGCACCCAAGCUGAGAAGAGUCGCAUGGAGGUGGAAGUUAUUAAAGAGGAGAUAGUUGGAGGGUCCAAUUUCCUGCCAUCCUCACCACUACCACCUGUGGUAGGCCCUGAGGCAGUUGCUUUACCAGCGGCCUGGAUGUUAAAGCAAAGUCACAUUGAAGCAGCUGACUCCUCUUUCCAGCCUCCCUCAAACCGCGUCAAAGCCAUUAAUGAAACAGAAUGGGCCACUGAUGACAUCCCAGAAUUCCUCAAUGCCAUUCGCAGGGAGACUGACGCUGAAAAACGGGCAGCAGAGGCCAGUGCUGUAGGAACUGUUGCUGUAUCGCUGGCUGCCCCGCCUCCCAUGAACCUGUGGGCUAAGUUACAAGAAGUGAAACUCAAAAACCCAGUCAGCGGCCUCAUGGAAUAUGCACAAUACCUGGGCCAAAACUGUGAGUUUCAGCUACUGGACCAGUCGGGGCCUGCUCACGACCCAAGAUUCCGUAUGCAGGUAAUGUUGAACGGGAGGCUGUUCCCUGUCGCAGAAGCUUCCAGUAAGAAGGUUGCAAAGAAGGAUGCUGCCGCAGCCACUCUGCACAUUCUUAUUGGAGAGAUGCAGGGAGAAUCCAGCACCAAGGAAGAAGAACCCACUGACACGUUGGAAAAACCCAUCGAUCCGCUACCAGACACCAGUGGUGCAGUUGAGAGCAUGGGGGAAAUAUUUGAGUCCAAUAGUGAGGAAAGGAUAGAAAUGGUGGAGGGACCUCGCCAGCCAAUCUCUCGCUCUCUCCCUGGUGGCAAAAAUCCAGUGUCGGUCCUGAUGGAAUACAGCCAACGCAGUGGGAACCCAAUUGAAUUCAUCAUGACUGGGCAGGCAGGCCCACCACAUGACCCACGGUUCGUUUACAGGGUAAAAGUUGGAGAGAACUUGUUUGCUGAAGCCUCGGCUCCAAGUAAGAAGGCUGCCCGCCAGCUGGCAGCAGAGGAGGCGGUCAAAGAAUUAAUGGCUGACGGGAGAUUACAGCUCAACAAGCCUCAGUUGCCUCUAGGCUCUUCUAGUGAUGGUGAUGGAAGUUGUGCUGGUACCACAUGCCCCCCUUUGCCCCCUCUCACAGCAGAUGAGUUGCGAGCAGCUCAUGAAGCAGGGGUUGGGGACCUCAUCAAUUACCUGAACAACAACGCAGUGUCAGGUCUUUUGGAGUACGCCAGAGCCCGGGGCUUUGCUGCUGAGAUCCGCUUGGUGGGUCAGUCUGGUCCACCACAUGAUCCUAAGUUCACCUACCAGGCCAAGCUCGGUGGGAGGUGGUUUCCUCCAGUCUGUGCGUCCAACAAGAAGCAGGGAAAACAAGAAGCAGCAGAUGCUGCUCUCCGGGUUCUUAUAGGAGAAGCUGAGAGGGCAGCACGCACUGGAGAGCUUAUCCCAACUGAGCUUCCAGUGAGUGGCAGCACUUUGCAUGACCAGAUAGCAAUGUUGAGUUACCAGCGUUUCAACGCCCUGACCACACGUAUCCAGCACAGCCUAUUGGGACGUAAGAUCCUGGCCACUAUCGUGAUGAGGAAGGGGGAGGGCCUGGGCACUGUUGUCAGCCUCGGGACAGGAAAUCGUUGUGUUAAAGGGGAGGAACUGAGUCUUAAAGGAGAGACAGUUAAUGACUGCCACGCCGAAAUCAUCUCCAGAAGGGGAUUUCUUCGGUUUCUGUACAGUGAGCUGCUCAAGUACUAUGACGGCGCAGGCGACUGUAUAUUUGAGCUCGGGGAGGAAAACAAACUGCGGCUCAAAUCUGACAUCACCUUUCACCUUUACAUCAGCACAGCACCUUGUGGGGAUGGGGCUCUGUUUGAUAAGUCCUGCAGUGAGGCUGGGGACGAGGUUGCAGGCCACCAGCCUCUAUUUGAGAAUGCAAAGCAGGGCAAGCUUCGCACCAAAGUGGAGAAUGGUGAGGGCACCAUCCCAGUGGAGUCGAGUGCCAUCGUGCCCACGUGGGACGGCAUCCAGCACGGGGAGAGGUUGCGGACCAUGAGCUGCAGCGAUAAGAUCCUCCGCUGGAACGUGCUCGGCCUGCAGGGGGCAUUGCUCAGCCAUUUUAUGCAUCCCAUCUACCUGAAGUCCAUUACACUCGGUUAUCUGUACAGCCACGGUCACCUGACACGUGCAGUUUGCUGUCGGCUUGCCAGAGACGGUGAAGCAUUCUUCCAGAGUCUUCCUCCUCCCUUUAUGCUAAACCACCCUGAGGUGGGAAGAGUGAGUGUGUACGACUCCACACGUCACACAGGCAAAACCAAGGAGUCCAGUGUGAACUGGAGUUUUCCAGACCAGCACAGUGUGGAGGUGCUGGAUGGGACCAAAGGCAAACUGGACGGGAACAAACUGGGCAUUUCCCGCGUGUCCAAGUCCAACUUGUUCUCUCUGUUCCGCUCCGUGUGUCAGCGGUGCGGCCGCACAGACCUGCUCACCAUGUCCUCAUACACCCAGGCCAAGAUGUCUGCCACAUCCUUCCAGCUCACAAAGCAACACUUCUUUGAAGGUCUCAGUGCCCACGGUUACGGCGCCUGGAUCAGCAAACCGCUGGAAGAGAAGAACUUUGAGGCAGGAGAUGGAACCUGGAAAAAUGGAGCCAGUCUUCCUAUGGAAUAUGGCAGCAGUAGAAACGGAGGACCAGUGGAGAUCAAGCAGGAAGAGGCGUAGAACAGAGCAAUAUAGAGCUGAAACAAUUACUCGAUUAAUAGAUUGCUAAAUUAAUCGGCAACUAUUUUGAUCAUCAAUUAAUCGGUUUGAGGCUUUUUUUUUCAUGAUUAAAACAAGAUUACUGAUUAUUUUAGCUUCCUAAAUGGGGAUAUUUUCUUCGUUUCUUUACAAUGGCAGUCCAGUGGUCAUGCAUUGACAGGGAUUGCGUGAUGUGGGUUCGUUAAUGUAACGUGGAGAGUAUGCUUUGUUAAGCAGUCCAGGGACCACAGCCUCCUGCCAGAGGGGAGUGAUUGGAAGAGAAAGAAGAAAAGGACAAUUAAACUAUGCGUAGCCAGUGGCCAGAACUGUAUCGUCUGAUUUGAUCAUAGUUAAAAGCUGUGCAGGGAGUGAUGUGGAGACGUACGCUGUGAAUUGAGAGAAACGGCAAGAGCAGAGCAUGAUGGAUGAAUGGGAUCACAGCAGACACACUGAGGCAGGGAGAGAUUCAGGGGCUGUAGAAAAUAUAUGCACUUCAUGAAAUAGGAAUUGGUUUGAAGUGAGUAAAUGAUCACAGCAAAGGCUGCUACAAAACAGACCUAGCAAGAGUGAGCCUGUCAGCUUUACUGCAUUUGUCCUCGUCCUUUAUGCGGAUUAUAACUGUACGUUGGCGUUACACUGUAAUUUCAGUUUGUCUUGUUUUGACCACUGCUUUGACAACUGGUGGUCGUCAGUUCAGCCUAUGGACCACUGUAGCAGUAUUUGCAGUUGUGAUCGUUCCUCUACAGUCCUCUGUCAUGAAGUGCUGAUCGUUUUUUCGGCCGCACGUGUUCUAUGUCGUCCGGCUGCUGCUUCAUGACAACGGAAGAGCAGAAGGAACCAUGGAUUUUCUUUUUACUUUUUUAAAUAGCACUCAUCCCACUUAGAUGUCAAAAUGAGUACAAUUGGAAAUUGGUGUUUACUCUUGUACAUUAACAGCUUUACACAAGAACGACGUGAAUAAAAACGUUCACUGUUCAACUUUUCCGGUUCUGAGCUUUUACAUUUGAAGGCUUCAAACCGGCCCCUUUCUAAAUGAAACACGCUGUAAGAAUUAACCUUACUGUACACCGUUUAGCUGCUCAUAGUGUUGCUAUGGUUUCCAUUAGCACAGCAUACUGUAGGUAAGUGCAGACCUACCUUUAGUCCUAUGGUUUCUCUGUGCUUUUGAUGCUUGUAUAUGCAGGAAAUACUGAUGUCAAGACCCCAAAGCAGUACAAAAUGUAUUGUUCUCGUUGAUUGUGUGUUUUUGAGUAUGUCUCCUUGUUUUCCUCCUAAACAUUUGGCCAUGGUAGAGAGUCACCGAAAGUCUCCACUGACUUUUAACGUCUCGAUCCAAGAAAUAAAUGAAGACUUUCAGGUUCUCUUGCAUGGCCAGUUGUUUACACCUCACCUGGGACUGCUAGGUGAGGACGUUUUUGUUGUUUUAAGGAGAGUAUGGAGUUUCUUUUUCUCUUGUUUUGGUUACAUGUACAUAGAUGAUGCAAUAUAUACGUCAAGUUUAUACAAAUACAUGUACACAGAUGUACAGUGGGGUCCAAAAGCCUGAGUCCCUCAGAUUUCCGUUGAGCUUGUGGUCUGGUAACUACAGAGAAAAAAAAAAGCCAUUCAAGUCAGCACUCCAUGACACUUAAGGGUUUGUUUUGGUGUAGCCAAAACAUAGCAUGUAGAGCUAUUAUUUUACGAGCAGAUGAAUCUUUUAAAUGCUUUUAUGUGAUGAUGUUCCUCUGUAGACCGGAGUGACGCCGCUCUGGUUGAAGUUUUAUUAGUUCUCAUUGCUGUAGUUAAAAUUACCUUUCACAUAAAUGAUCAGGAAGUUAGAUGUGCAUUAUCCAGCAGCUGUGAUGUGAAU